AUGAGUCGAGAUCUUUUUCUCCGCAUUGUGCACACGUUGGAGGGACGUGAUGAGUACUUCCAGUAUCGGGAAUACGGCAUCGGCAGACUCGGACUUACGCCGUUGCAGAAGUGCACGGUUGCAAUCCGGCAGUUGGCCUACGGCACCACAACGGAUAUGUUCAACGAGUACCUUCACGUCAGGGAGACAACUGGCCGCGAAUGUCUAAAGAAUUUUUGUAAGGGAGUUGUGGAGACUUUUGGCCACACAUAUUUGCGACGCCCGACUGCUGAUAAUUGCCAGAUGCUGAUGAGGAUGCACGAGACGGUGCACGACUUUCCUGGGAUGCUAGGGAGCAUCGAAUGUCCGACACGUUUCUGGUUCAAGGAAGUCAUCGCCGACGUCAUAUAUGCGUGCAUCAUCAUGCAUAACAUGAUAGUCGAACAAGAAGUUGGAUAUGUCACAGAUUGGGUGGAUGAUGAAGCCGGAUCUAGCUCCAGCACGGCGAUCCCGCCUAUAGCUCGAGGAUUACCGAUGAGCUUCGGUGAGGUUCUACAGAGACAUACCUCAAUGUGCAGCCAAUAA